AUGGAUGAAUCAGUGUUGUUCGCAGCCAAACAUGGUAUUGAUUUGAAUCGAUUGGAAUACGUCAGGCAGUUGGCGAGGGACGGUGCUGAAGGGAAUUUUCCAUUCGAGCACUUCCCGCAAGAACAGUCUGGAUCAGUGGAUACUGAUCAGGAGAAGCCUCAUCUGAGGACACUGCUUGAUGGUAGCAGUGGUAUUGAUGUGCUGAAUUCAUUGCCAAUUCACGGCGCCAGUACAUCAAAUCGACAAUCACAACGAUGGAUAUCGUCUGAGAAUCAGAGGAGAUAUGGGAAUGAAAUGUUGAUAAGACGAAAUGAUGCGGAUACGGUGCUCUAUUCGGAAGACGAGUCGUUACUGCGGAACGAUUUCGACGAUGACCGCAAGGACUACCUUGUGGAUGAGACAUCCUGUAAGUGA